AGCUAAUGAUCAUGGAAGAUCAGUGAAGAAAAAGAUACGGAAACUGAAAGAUCUUCUCUUAACCCAACUGGGAAAGGAGAAAGCUCAGACUUCUAUUUUUUCUAUCUCUUUCCGUAGUCAAAGAGUUGAAAAACGUUUGAGUGGUUGGAAAGAGAGAGGAAGUUCGGUUUUUUUAUUUGAUUGAAAGGGAGGGAAGUGGAAGGCUUUUUUGGUUUGAAUUUGAGAAGUGGCAACAAAUAUGGGCAAAGCUACAAGGUGGCUAAAGGGCUUGCUGGGUAUGAAAAAGGAGAAAGAAAAAGACCAUUUAGAGAACUCAUUUUCAGAUUCAAAUUCAAGUUUCAGUGACAACAGGAAGGAGAAGAAAAGGUUCAGUUUUGGCAAGUCAUUGAAAGACAGAAGUGUGAAUUCUCAGAUUCGAGCCAACAUUGCAGCUAAUAUUCCAGCAAGAGACAUGGACUGGCUCAGGUCAUACAUUGCAGACUCAGAAAGUGACCAGAACAAGCAUGCAAUUGCUGUGGCUGCAGCCACCGCGGCCGCCGCAGAUGCAGCGGUGGCUGCGGCUCAGGCAGCCGUAGCGGUUGUGAGGCUGACUAGUAAUGGUAACAGGGCUCUUUCGGGUGGAGGGAAAGAGAAGUGGGCUGCUGUGAAAAUUCAGACCGUGUUUAGGGGCUAUUUGGCCCGGAAAGCCCUUAGAGCGUUGAAGGGAUUGGUGAAGAUACAGGCUCUUGUUCGAGGGUAUCUUGUCCGAAAACGGGCAACUGCAACACUUCACAGCAUGCAAGCCUUAAUCAGAGCUCAAACUGCAGUCAGGUCUCAGCGUGCUCGCCGCUCUUUCAAUAAAGAGAAUCGAUUUCAACCAGAGUUUCGACCACGAAAAUCCAUCGAGAGGUUUGAUGAAGCAAGAAGUGAAAUGCAUAGUAAAAGAAUAUCUGUAUGUCUUGAGAGUCCAAUUAAUGGAUUUGAUGAAAGUCCUAAAAUAGUCGAAAUCGACACAUUCAAGCCAAGAUCAAGGUCUCGUCGCUACAAUGCUGCAUUUUCCGAGUGUGGUGAUGAGCUAUAUUACCAAGCAAUGUCAUCACCUCUUCCAUGUCCAGUUCCAGCCCGAAUCUCAAUCCCCAAUUACCAAAAACAUCCAGAUUUUGAAUGGUGCUUCACCGGCGACGAAUGCAGGUUCUCUACCACCGCGCACAACACCCCUCGUUUCGCAAAUUCUGUUCGAUCUAGUGCUCCUCUAACUCCGUCCAAGAGCAUAUGCGGUGAUAUGUACACCAGGGGUUAUUCCAACUUCCCAAAUUAUAUGGCAAACACACAAUCGUUCAAUGCAAAACUGAGGUCCUACAGUGCCCCAAGGCAAAGACCUGAACCGGGGGUGAAGAAGAGCCUUUCGCUGAAUGAAAUUAUGGCUUCAAGAAACAGCAUAAGCAGUGUGAAAAUGCAGAGGCCCUCCUGUAUUCAAGUUCAAGAAGGUUUGAACUAGGAAGUGAUUGUAUUUGUGAGAAGAAGAGUUUGAUGAUAAAUUUGGCUAAGGUUUAAUUUUUCUAGUUUUUAUGUUAACCGCAAGCAA